GACACAUACAAAUGAGCAUUAGGACUGAAGAACUCGAAUAACACGAAGUCAUGAAUUUCCUCAAAAAUAUCCUCUUGUAUGACACUUUUAACAGCGAAAAUCUGUUUCUGAGUCAACUUUAAGGUUGACAGUCCUGUUUCUUGCUGAUGAGUAAAAGAUUGGACUUAUCUGGAGUAACUGAUGAUUUAUAAAAGACAGAUCUUUAUGUACUAAAAAAUAUGGUUUUAACUUCCUGUGUCCCGAUGUUACGUGCCCAUAGCCUGAAGCAAUGAAACGAACGCCACCUGCCCUGCCAAUCUGGAUAGUGACGCGACUGAUAUUCUGUUUCUCAUUGCUAUUCAUAAUUAUCCUUGUUUAUAACUAUAAUACCCUCGUGAAUACAGACUUUGGUAGACGCGGCAAUGACAAAGUCAAAGACGACGAAUCCCGAAUCACAUUGCUAGAAAGAAGACUAAAAUACCAAGAAUCCAAAGAUAUUUCCUCGAAGCUUCAAGAACGUCUUGAUCAACUUGAAAGACUAAUAAACGAACGAGUACCUUCAAAGUCCGAAAGUCUUAUAAGUGACAAUCGUAUGGAUACGCUGAACAGUCGCUUGAGUAAACUGGAAAGGCAAUUAGAUAUACUGAAGAGAGAUAAACAGAGCUUUUCUGGGGUUGCUGUCAAACUAGAGGCUAUCAAUUAUCGCUUGGAGAAACUCGCAAGAAACAGUAAAGAUACAGCACGUGUUGAAUUUUCAAUAAAUAGCACAUGUAAUGUUCCACAAGAUUGGCUGUUUCCAUUUUGCGAAGAAAAAGUUAAGUGGAUAAGAGAAUACUGGGACAGUCACUAUCGAUGUUACGUCCAAGAGCAUGCAGUAGACCCUGAUGACACAUGCUCAAUACUGAUAUAUUUGAGUGAGGUCGAGUCAUGGUGCCCUCUUCUGGAGUAUCGCAAAAGAAUGCGGGAACCCAUUACUGAUAGACCUAGGAAAGAGGCUUAUUUAAAGAGAAAUGAUUAUGACCUAAUGGCGAUGAUGAAGCCAGAUCAUUGGCGAUGGAUGAGGCAAAGAAUCAGACGAUUAUGGCCAGGAUGGAUCAAAGGACUGGAGAGUCUUAUGGAUCGUAAUCACCCUGUACAACAUCACUGGCCAAAAAGAAUAUUUUUAUACAUGGGUUCAUUUGCUAACAACCCGAGUUGGUUCAAGCAAGCAUUCACAGGCGCUCCAUUGGGGGAGCUGGUACAGUGGAGUGAUCUUAUCACAGCAUUAUUCAUAUUGGGUCACAAUAUUGUACUUUGCACCAGGAGAGAAGAAGUUAAAAACCACCUUAACAUACCAAAGUCCAAAACCUGUGCCAGUAAAUCCCGCAUAGACGAGUAUGACUUGAUAUUUACAGAUUAUGUUGGAAUCACAUUCUUCAAACAUGAACUCGGUCCUAAUUUUUCACAGUACAGGUGUAGACUACGAAUAUUAGAUUCCUUUGGAACAGAAGCGGAGUUCAAUUAUAAGGAUUCUUCUAAACCUGCACUAACGAAAAAACGAUCUACGUGGGGCGGAGAAAACCUACACUUGAGACAAUUUAUGACCAUGUUCCCUCACACGCCUGACAACACGUUUCUUGGUUUCGUGGUUGAAGUGGCGAUGGAUAAAGUCAAUCCAGUCAAAACUGAGCCAGGCAAAAAACCAAUAGGUUUGGUUUAUGGAAAGGACGCCAGAUUCUGGAUGUUCAAGGAAAAGUACCUGGAAGUGUUAUCAAAGUACCUUGACUUGCAUGGAACCGUUGCUGGAGCGCGAGUGAGAACCUUCGUCCCUUCUUACGUAACCAACCAUCGUAUAAUGAACGGAAGAGAUUAUCAAGAAUUGUUAAGUAAAACCAAGAUAUAUAUUGGUCUGGGUUUUCCAUAUGAUGGGCCAGCCCCGCUAGAAGCCAUCGCUCAUGGAUCUGUUUUUCUAAACGCAAAACUUGAUCCACCACACAGUAGAGAGAAUACAGCCUUCUUUAAAGAGAAGCCCACGUCAAGAAAGCUAACUUCACAACAUCCUUACGCUGAAAAGUUUAUUGGAAAACCCUACGUGUACACUAUAGACAUCAAUAGUACUCAAGAGGUAGAAAAGACUGUUCAAGAAAUCCUUAACAGCAAGGUUCGUCCUUAUAUUCCGUAUGAGUGGACGCCAGCAGGGAUGCUGGAGCGAGUCAAUGCAUUGGUCAAUAACCAGAAUUUUUGUGAUCAAAGCAAGAAAUGGCUUCCAGUUGAAGAGCUUCAUGUUUAUGUCAGUAAGCAGGGCAAGUCUUGUUCAGAGACAUGUGAAGAACACGGUUUGCUAUGCGAGUCAUCGUUUUUCAACGACAUAAAUAAUUUAGAAGCCUUCAAGAGACACGGAAUAGAAUGUUUAUCUUCAUCGACCAAGGACUCUCUCCACGCUCCGUCAAGUUCAUCUGUCGACAAGUCUUGUUUGCUUCAGAAGACUUCGUUGAUCUACAGCUGCUCAGGAAGCUCACCGAUUUAUUCUCGUCUGUGUCCUUGCCGCGACUUCAAACCUCAACAAGUUGCACUUUGUAAAAAGUGCACGUAAAUAUUGCCUUGGAAUACAAAUCAAAAUCCUCAGUAUUAUCAAAGUGCGGCAAUCAUACAAUACUUUCAGUAUACUCCCUUUUCGAGCUCGCCCUUGCUCAGUCUUAGCCUCGAUUGUGUACAAAUGUGUUCUUUUCUUUUAUUAAGGUCCAUUGUAUAGAAAGGAAUGUACGUACUAGGGAACAAUACGAGUUGAUUAAAAUGCCACGGGUUUUGGUUGGAUGGUUGAAUAUUAUUACGCACAAUCUAGACUAAGGCUGAGCAAAGAGAACUCGAAACUGGAGUAUUGACUUUGACCUGAAGUGAGCAUUUGAAUGACGAAUUAUUUCUUCAUUUGAGUGUGGCGUCUUUAAUUUACGAACUACCAAACUAGCAAUAUAUUAUUUUAUCAUUCAAAUUAUGUUUUGUCAUUUGCGAUUGGCCGAGAUAACUACAAAUAACUACCUGCGAAUAAUAUUUUGCUCAUGCGCAUUAUGAUGCAAAACCGUUUGGCUGCAAAUAAUAUUCUGCUCAUGCGCAGUAACGAUGCAUUUGUUAACAUGGCUCGCUUCCUUAUGACGUGCCUUUGUAUGUUUGAUAGACAGCAAGACCUGCCGAAAGCGCUAGAAGAAAACGGAAAAUGUGAUUUGAAGGAUAAAACAAUCAUUGAACUCAGUUAUCACAAAAUGUCGUGACUUUUUAGUGUCUCGCAAGCAAUUAUUUGCCUCUGCCUUCAGCAUCGGUGAACAAUUGCUUUCUCGCCAGUAACAAAUCACGAUAUUUUGCUCAACCUCGUUCUAUAAUUGUCAUCACUUCAACUGAGUCUAGAAUCAAAACUGAAAGUUAUAUAUCUGGGUCCGGUUGUACGAAGCCUGGAUAGCGCUAUCCAAUGGAUAAAUCUUCAGCAUCGACUUGAUAAGGAUAAGGAUUUAUCCGCUGGAUGGCGCUGUCCAGGCUUCGUGCAAAUGACGUAUUUCGCUUAAAUGAACAUUAGACGUCCUUUAUUUUAUUACUUGAACCUGGAUCUUGAUUCUUAUAURAAUACAUACGAAAAUAGAUCUUAUUACCUGCGUGCAUGCUCAAUGCUAGAUAUCAUCCCACAUUUAACAUUUAUAUUUCAAUUCCUAGUAUAGAAAAAGUUUCAAUUUACAAUAACUCGUUCAUACGCUUCGCGUAUCCACUAUUUAAAAACGAUCUUCAUCCGCGAAUUUAGAUAUCAAAAUCGAUUGUAUUGUCGGGGAAUUUUGUACGAACGGUUCUUCUAGUACUGCAGCAGUAGAAGCUGCCUGUACUUACAAGUAAUUCUGCCCUACAAGAAAGUCAUAGACAAAAGAGAAAAGGGUUAGUCAAGGGAUGUGUAAGUUGAAUUUCCUGUUAUGUCGGCGAGACUACCCGGCAUCUCUCUACGCGUGUACAUGACCACCUACACGGAUAACACCUUUAAAGCUAUUCGAAAUGUCGUGACUUGUGUUCGAAUGAGUGGUUCUAGGUAUUGGACCACGACAGAACUGAUUUCCGUCGUAAAAUUUAAAAAAAAGCAAUACAUAUCCUCUGGGAGAAGCCGUCACUCAAUCAGCAGCUCUUAUCUCCCAUGUAAAUUAUAGCUUUGUAACCUUUUUGUCAUCUUUUGUGAUGUUAAUUUUAAUGUUAUUCUUUUGUUCGUUUAACCUACUUUUUUAACCGUUCACUCAUGCAAUAUUUCAUCAAUGACACUGGCUGUAGGACAGCCGAAACAUGUCUUAAUUAAAACUUUGGUUACUAUUUAUCAAAAUCCUAUAAAAUGUUUGCUUUCCCAGCCACUUGGAGAGCUUUUUACUUGAGCUUUUAUUAAAUCUGUAAAAUAAUUGUGUUCAAAA